AAGAAGAGAGAAGCGAAGUCAGUCACCUGGCGGUGAAGGACAGUAAAACAGGAAAGAAGGGGGCAAUCUGCCCCUCCCCGCUCUUUUCUUCCUCUCCCCGCAAGAGAUCCUCCUGUUCCCCUCCCCCCCACCUCGUUUUAACUCUGUUUAGCAUAACCUUCAAGAGAGAGCCUUACAGACUUUGCCCUCCUAUUCGCCUCCCCCCCGCCGCCGGUUUCCCUUCUCCAGCUCCGACGAGCGAGGAUCCCUUCAGCGGAGCCGCAAAACAGUUUCGGAGCCGAUGCAGGACUUGGAUUUCGGGGAGGCUUGAUCUCGCCGGCGAAAGUGAUCGCUGCUCACGCCUUGGGCUCCCGGGGCCCGAAAUGAGCUUCCCGGGGUGAGCAUGAAGGGAACCGGAGGGCUGCGCCGCUUUUCCCAGGCGCUCGUUCCCUUCUGUUUGAAGCGGCAGACACUCGCUCGCGCUUUUGCUGCAUUGAUGCCGUCCAGGGAGAAAGCAGGCGCCGCGUUCCGCCCGGGCUGGCGGCGAGUCGCCGGCUUCUGAAGCAGCGGAAAGAAACGAAACGAGAAACCUCGCGCGGAGUGGAUUUUCCUUUUCUCUCCACCUCGCCUUUCCUUUGCAUCGAUGCAGGACAGGGUUCGGGGGGCUCCUCGUCGGUAGGGACGAUCACCUGUCGCUCUAACCGGUAGGGAAGAUUAAGAAAGAAAGAAAGAAAGAAGAAAGAAAGAAAGAAAGAAAGAAAGAAAGAAAGAAAGAAAGAAAGAAAGAAAGAAAGACCGAGGAGCGUCUAUAAGUCUCUUCAAUACAUUUUAUUUGUUGGUUUUGGUAGCCUCGGAGGCGGGCAUGAUUCCCGGAGAAUGAAAUUGACAAGAGCGCCCAGGGUUCGGAGAAUAAGGCUGACUUCCCAUUGGAAACUGAGAGUCUAGAAUAUACGAAUAUAGGUAGAUAUAUACAUAUUGUCAGAGAGAGCGUGAGAAAAAUUGGCACAACUUCUGCAGUGUUUUCCUCCACCUCCUCCUUCUACCUUCCUCUUCCCACCUCCGUGGCGUUCAGUUUCUGUCUAUGGAAAGAGCACCCAGCCUGGACAUUGAAGAGCUCAAGAUGACACGAGAACAGUAUAUAUUGGCAACACAGCAAAACAAUCUGCCCAGAACAGAAAACCCUCAGCUGUAUCAAGUAGGAAUUUAUGGUUGGCGAAAAAGGUGCCUGUACUUCUUUGUCCUCUUGCUGUUGGUUACCAUGAUCGUUAACUUAGCAAUGACGAUAUGGAUACUGAAAGUAAUGAAUUUCACAGUGGAUGGAAUGGGGAAUCUGAGAGUCACCAAAAAAGGAAUUCGACUUGAAGGUAUAUCUGAAUUUCUACUUCCAUUGUAUGUGAAAGAAAUCCAUUCCCGAAAGGAUAGUCCACUGGUCUUACAGUCUGACAGGAAUGUAACAGUGAAUGCAAGAAAUCAUAUGGGACAGUUAACGGGACAACUGACUGUAGGUGCUGAUGCUGUAGAAGCCCAGUGUAAAAGAUUUGAAAUAAGCUCAAGUGAAGAUGGGAGGGUGCUCUUCUCUGCUGAUGAAGAAGAGAUCGUCAUUGGAGCUGACAGACUGAAAGUCACAGGCACAGAAGGGGCUGUAUUUGAGCACUCUGUGGAGACUCCCCAUAUCAGAGCAGAACCUUCCCAAGACCUCAAGCUCGAAUCGCCAACUAGAUCUUUGAUCAUGGAAGCUCCCAAGGGAAUACAAGUGAGUGCAGCUGCAGGGGACUUAAAAGCCACCUGUAGGAAAGAGCUACACUUGCAGUCCACAGAAGGGGAGAUAUUUUUAAACGCAGACUCAAUCCGACUAGGGAAUCUACCAGUGGGUUCUUUUUCCUCUUCCUCCCCACCAAGCUCAUCAGCAACUCGACAGACUAUCUAUGAGCUUUGUGUUUGCCCCAAUGGAAAACUUUACCUUUCCCCGGCAGGAGCAGGCUCCACAUGUCAGUCCAGUAGCAACAUCUGUUUGUGGAGCUGAAAAGACUCCCAAUCCCUCCUCACACCAGAAUAGCCUUUUUGUCACUGUCCCUCUGCUUCACAGUUCUGCGCGGUUUCCUUCGUUCAGUCAUGAAGCUCCAAACAGCCCACAGGCAACCUCUUCCGGUGUAAGCAGGAAUAAUGCAGCCUUCUCCUUUGGCUUCUGGACAUUAAUGAUGGAAGAAAGACGGGGAAACCAAAUUGUUGGCUUCAUCAGGAAACCUGGAUCUUAGUAUCACCUUUUAUCCAAAAGGGAGAAUAACACAGGUGCCUUUGCUAUAUAUGAAGUGAAGCACAUUGUUUUAGAUUUUUGCAGGAACUGUAAAUGAGAAUCUGCACACACAUGCACACACACAUACACAAAUAUAGAUAGAUAGAUAAUACUAUACAAAUUUGUCCAGAAUCUAAAGGCAAGAUGAAUCGGUAUAAUAAAUAACUCUACUGUCUGAAAGCACAAUUUUCAUAUGCCCAUCACUUUUGGAUUUAAACUUUUAUCCCCGGAUUUUAAAAUGUUGAAGCAUUGUGUGAUGCUUGCUUUACUAAACAAAAUUCAAUUCAUAUUAUGAGGAGCAAGAGACAGAAUCCCUCCCUGACCGCUGAUCCUUUUUUUUUUUUUAAGUGUGUUGUUAUUGCUUAUCUUCUACAUCUAGGGUUUGGAAGGGAAAGAUUUUGGACACACUUAGCAAUAUUACCUAUUCAUGUUGAAAAUGACACCAGUUUUAUUUUUGUUCAGCUCUGCUAUUCCUUAGCUACUGCAUGUGAAGUAACUUCAAACAAUAGUGGUUUCGGCUCAGUGAAUGGUCCUGGAGCAUCUGAUGAUGCCAAACUGCUGAAGCUAAUUGGGUGUGUGGACUUGAUCAGUAACAUGGAAGGGAAACCCAUGUCAGAGUAGGUUAAAAGUAUAAUAAAUAAAUAUUACUUUAUUUUAAAAAUUUGUGUCUAGGGUGGGGGAGGGGAGAAUAUGGCAGAGAAUAAAUUCUCAUGAUGGAUAAAUGGAUGAUCGAUGAGACAUUUUCCUCAAGUUAUAGAAGUUUAUAAUGGAAAAAAGAGCCAUGUCUUGAAAGGGAGCCCCACAGGUGCACAUGGAGCUCUUGCAUAUGCGAGUUUCCUCACUUACUACAGUGGAGAUAGCAAAUCCAUGCACACACAUGCAAAUGCACAUAUAUCUGCUUCAUCCAUUGAAAUGGACGGAGGAGGAGCACCAUACUUCCCCCCAAAAUUACACGAUGAUGGGAGCAUAAUAGUUGCAACAAAACAAAGCCAUUUGAAUAUAAUGCACUGGAAUUAACAACAGAGAGAACAAAUACAGUGAUAUUUUGUGUUAUUAUAAGCUGGUUUCAUGCAAUUUCAGAACAUAAUUAUUUGAAUUCUGAGAUAAGUUAACUCAAGGAAGCUCACGGAAGUAAUAUUCGGUGUCUGGUUAUAUAUCCCCACUCCAAAAGCAUCUCCAUAAGGUCUGGAGACCCUCCUGAACAAUGUGGGAUGGGACAUGGGAGUGCUGCUGGGCAGAGCAAUUUUGGGCAAUUCUUCCUCCACCCAGCACCCUUUGUUGUUGUUGCUGCUGCUGCUGCUGUUGUCUACCUCUUACCCAGAAUGUGGGUCCCAAGGUGGAUGACAUAAAUUUAAAAAUACAAAGCAUAUCUAAAACCAUACAGAAAUUUAAAAAUUCAUAAACAUACAAAUAAACAUACAUAAACAAAUGCAUAAAAUCCUUAAAAUGCUAUAUCCCACAUUGUUGUAGAGAGGCUGGGGUGGCAGGGUUGCAUAUGGCUGCAAGGAGGAAGGGAGGGACAGAAACGUUUUCCCCAUGAAUUUCCUUAAGUUAACUUAUAUUAGGAUCCAAGAUUAUAUCAUAAAUGUCCAUGAGCAGAUAUUAAAUGAAAGGAAAGAAAAGAGUAAAUAGAUGUUGUGCAGACUCCCUCAGGUAUGUUUAUAUUUAUAAAAUGUGCUC